AUGCAAAAUGUAACUACCAAUCGAGAUGCGUUGAACAUUAGACCUGGCCAGGCCGUGGAUAUUAUGAUCGUAAACAAGAUGACUGAAGACUACACCGUGUCUCGUCGUACAUUCGCAUUCAACAGUGAGGAAAUGCAGGGACCGCAUGGCUCGCCUCCAAGUCUCUCACGAACCACUCCUAUCAAAAAGGGUAUCAUGAGCCUCUUUGGACGCAUUUUCCGCAAAGUGACAAAAGUCUCAGACUCAAGUCCGGAUGAACAGCAGGUAAUUCACACGGUGGAUUCAAAUGCGAAAUCCAGUCCAAAAGUGCAAGAUCCACAGAGGGUUAACCCGUAUUCUGCUACACAACUUGCCAUUCGACAUAUCAUAUUUUGGAGGACCGGGUUUACAAUUGAGAAUGGGCCGCUGCAUCUAUACAGCGACGCUCAGAAUGAACGCAUACUCAUGGGCAUUCAAAACGGAGCUGACCAUGCAGAUCUAUUAAAUGUUGCACAUGGCCAGCCAGUAGAACUCAGAGUCCCCAAAAAGCUCACCGAAGACUACGUACCACCACCGAGUCUUGAUGCUGGUGACGGAUUGCCUAAUAAGACCCAAUCAGAGUCUUCCAUAGCGUUACGUCGUACAUUCGCAUUCAAUAAUGAGGAAAAUGUAGGUGACAAGUGA